AUGGAGCUGAGAUCCUCUGGCAGCAGGACAAGUCUCUCCACUGGGCUCUUUCUCCUGCUUUGUGCUUUCCUGCCUCCUGAGAUACCUGGGAAAGAAGUGAAUCUCCUGGACACAAGCACUGCACAGAGUGAACUGGGCUGGCUUCCAGAUCCUCCAGAAACAGGGUGGAACGAGGUGCAGCAGAUGAUAAACAGUACCCCCAUCUAUAUGUACCAGGACUGCAGCGUGCUCUCGGAGGGCGACACUGAUCACUGGCUCCGGACCAACUGGAUCUACCGGGGUGAGGCAGCCUCCCGCAUCUACGUGGAGCUAAAGUUCACUGUGCGUGACUGCAAGAGCUUCAAGGGUGAGGUAGUGACCUGCAAAGAGACCUUCAAUCUUUACUAUAUGGAGUCAGAGCAGGAUGUCGGCAUCCAGUUCCGUCGCCCCCUGUUCACCAAGGUCAACACAGUGGCAGCAGAUCGGAGUUUCACAAGCCGGGACAUUGAGUCAGGUGUUAUGCAGCUGAAUGUGGAAGUGUGCCCCAUACGGAAGCUGUCUCGGCGCGGAUUCUACCUGGCUUUCCAGAACUCUGGGGCGUGUGUGGCUCUGGUCUCUGUCCGGGUAUAUUACAAGACCUGCCCAGAAACAGUGGUGGGACUGGCCCACUUUCCAGAGACACUGGCAGGCUCAGAGGGGCUGACAGAGGUGCCAGGGAUCUGUGUAGAGGACGCAACCGAAGAAGCAGGUUUCCCACCCAGGAUGCAUUGCAGUGCUGAUGGGGAGUGGCUGGUGCCAAUGGGCCAGUGCCUGUGUGCUGUUGGGUUUGAGGAGGCUGACAGAAGCUGUGUAGCCUGCCAGCGAGGAUUCUACCGUCACUCCCCAGAGACCGAGCACUGCCUCAAGUGCCCCCCAAACAGCUCAUCCAGUGCUACAGGGGCCACAGCCUGUCCCUGCAACCCGGGCUUCUACCGGGCACCCACUGAGAGUCAAAGUGUUGCCUGCACUCGCCCCCCUUCUAGUCCCCGCAAUGUCAGCUUCUCCCUGGUGGGGACGCAACUUUCUCUUUGGUGGCAGCCACCCAGCGACCAUGGUGGGCGCAAGGAUCUGACCUACAGCAUCUCAUGCCAGCGCUGCUCUGUCCUGGCAUGUGAGCCAUGUGAGGCUAGCGUCGUCUUCUCCCCCAGUGCUUCAGGCCUCAACAAUACAUCCAUAGAUGUGAAUGGUCUAGAGGCUUAUACCAACUACAGCUUCACUGUGAAGGCACGUAAUGGUGUCUCAGAGGUCAGCCCUUUCCCCCAGCGGACCUCCCCUCCUGUCUGGGUCUCUGUCGGGCAUGCAGCUCCAGUAACAGUGUCCCACCUGACUCUCACCCAACGUGAUGACAGCAGCCUGUCUGUGUCUUGGCCAGCCCCACGACACCGCAGCCGGAGUUCAGUGCAGUACGAGGUCAUGUACUUUGAGAAGGGAGAGGAUGCACACUACACAGUGAAGCAAUUCCAUGAACCCAAUGUGACCCUGAGGGACCUGCAGCCAGACACAGUCUAUCUGCUCCGUGUGCGCUCCAUCACGCCUCUAGGACCUGGCCCCUUCUCCCAGGAACAGGAGUUUCGCACCCUCCCGCCAGACACCGGGGCUCCAUCUGGAGGGGUGCUUGUCUCCAUUGUCUUCGGAAUCCUACUGUUUAUUGGACUGGUUGUGGGAAUCUUCAUCUUCACACAAAGGAAAGCCCGUUGUCACCAAGCACGGCCAGACUAUGACAUCUCAGCCUUCGACCGAGAGGAGAAGGUCUGGUUGAAGCCCUAUGUGGAUCUACAGCCCUAUGAGGACCCAAGCAGGGGGGUCUUGGAGUUCACCAAGGAACUAGAUGUGGCCUAUGUCACCAUGGAGAAUGUUAUUGGGGAGGGGGAGUUUGGGGAGGUCUAUCGUGGCACCCUGCGCCUGCCGGGGAAGGAGCGUAUUGUGGUUGCUAUCAAGACCCUGAAGUCAACGUAUUCGGACUCUCAGUGGUGGAAUUUUCUGCGUGAGGCAACAAUCAUGGGCCAGUUCAAUCACCACAACAUCGUGCACCUGGAGGGGGUCGUCACCAAGCGGAAGCCGAUGAUGAUCAUCACUGAGUAUAUGGAGAAUGGUGCCCUGGACACGUUCCUCCGGGAGAACGAGGAGAAGUUUAGCUCUGUACAGCUGGUGGUUAUGCUGCAGGGCAUUGCCUCAGGCAUGACCUACCUCUCAGACCGCAACUACGUGCACCGGGACCUGGCUGCCCGCAACAUCCUGGUAACUCACAGCCUGCAGUGCAAGGUGUCUGACUUUGGCCUGUCCCGGAUAUUGGAAAACGAUGUGGAGGGGACGUACGAAACUAAGGGCGGGAAGAUCCCCAUCCGCUGGACAGCACCCGAGGCCAUUGCCCAUCGGAUCUUCACUUCAGCCAGUGACGUCUGGAGUUACGGCAUUGUCAUGUGGGAGGUGCUGUCCUUUGGGGACAAGCCCUACGGAGACAUGACCAAUCAGGAGGUGAUGAAGAGUAUAGAGGAUGGGUACCGACUCCCCCCCCCUGUGGACUGCCCAUCCAUCCUCUAUGAGCUCAUGAAAGGCUGCUGGUCACACGAUCGCAUGCGACGGCCCCGCUUCCAGGAGAUCCAGGGCCAGCUAGAACACUUCAUCUCCAGCCCCCAUUUACUCCGAUCUGUUGCAGACUUCGACCCCAGGGUGACGCUGCGGCUCCCCAGCUGCAGUGGGUCUGAUGGGAUCCCUUAUCAGUCAAUCCCAGAAUGGCUGGAAUCCAUCCGCAUGAAGCGGUAUAUCAUCAACUUCCGCACUGCUGGCUUGGACACCAUGGAAUCCAUCCUGGAGCUCACUACUGAGGACUUGAAAAAGAUGGGGGUGUCGCUUCCAGGCCACCAGAAGAGGAUUCUCUGUAGCAUCCAGGGCUUCAAGGAGUGA